AUGAAGACGUUCUACAAUACUUACGCCAUUUGCUCGUUCGCCGCCAUCGGCGGUGGGCUUUUCGGCUUCGAUAUCUCCUCCAUGUCGGGCGUUCUGGGCACGAAUGGCUACAAGAACUACUUCGGCAACCCUGCCGGUUAUCAUCAAGGUGGUAUCACCGCGUCGAUGCCCGCGGGCUCUUUGGUUGGCUCACUGGCGUCCUCAUUCAUCGCCGAUAAACUCUCUCGUCGUACUGCCAUUCAGGUCGCCGCCUUGAUCUGGAUUAUCGGCUCCAUCUUCCAAACUGCAGCCAACGGCGUAGCUCUUCUCUGCUUUGGCCGCGUGGUUUCGGGUAUUUCAAUUGGUAUCGCCUCAGCGAUCGUUCCCGUGUACCAGUCAGAGAUUGCUCGCAAAGAAAUCCGCGGUCGCGUGGUCUCCCUACAACAAUGGGCCAUCACCUGGGGUAUCUUGAUCCAAUACUUCAUUCAAUACGGUGCCUCAUUCGUCGAUGGAGGUCCAGAGCACCCUGACCAGGGCACAUCGGCCUUUCGCAUCCCGUGGGGCAUCCAGAUGGUCCCUGGAUUCAUUCUACUCGUCGGCAUGUUCUUCUUCCCCUACUCCCCGCGUUGGCUGGCGUCGAAGGAUCGUUGGGAGGAGGCUGUUCAGGUCCUGGCUCACCUCCACGGCGGUGGUGACGUGAACCACCCCAAGGUCCUGGCCGAAUACAAGGAAAUCGAAGAGGCCCUUGCCUUCGAGCGUGAGCAGGCCGAGACAUCAUUCGGCGCCCUAGUCAAACCGCGCAUCCUCAAGCGUGUCAUUCUCGGCAUGAGCAUUCAGAUGUGGAGUCAGCUGUGCGGCAUGAACAUCAUGAUGUACUACAUCGUCUACAUCAUGAAGGGAGCCAACAUCGCGGAUCCACUGCUCACCUCUUCCAUCCAGUACAUCAUCAACGUGGCUAUGACCCUGCCAGCCAUUCUGUACCUCGAUAAGUUCGGCCGUCGUCCAGCACUGUUGAUAGGUUCUUUCCUGAUGAUGUCUUGGCUCUUCAUCUCAGGUGCGCUCCAGGCGGCGUACGGAGAGCCCUGGGCCGAUCCCGACAAGAACACUUCUUGGCGCAUCGUCGACCACAAGAGCGUUUCACAAGGCAUCGUCGCUUGCUCGUACCUUUUCGUCGCCAGCUUCGCCACCACCUGGGGUCCAACCUCAUGGACGUACCCAAGUGAGAUCUUCCCUGCUAAGGUAAGGGCUAAGGCUGUCUCUCUUGCUACAGCCUCCAACUGGCUCUGGAACUGCAUUCUCGCGUUCGGCGUGCCCCCGCUUCUAUGGAGCAUCAACUGGAAGAUGUACAUGAUCUUCGCUACGUUCAACGGCCUUGCGUUCAUCCAUAUGUUUCUCACUGCUCCGGAGACCAAGGGCAAGACGCUCGAGGAGAUGGACGAGGUGUUCGACAAUGGCAUACCAGCCUGGAAGACAAAGGGCGGUAGCUCGCGUCUCGACCAACUGCAACGUGACAUCGAGAAAGGCGAGCUCAAGAUCACGACUGCCGCGCACCCUACCAACACGCACAUGGCCGAGCCGAGGACGACGACCGCUUGA